AUGUCUUCUGUUUCUGAUGAAAUUUAUGUCGGUCAUGUUGAGCUUGUUUCAUAUUUGGCUACAUAUACAUCUUUCUGGGGUUUUAUUUCCCGUUUCCGAGAAGUGAUCGUUACCUCGUCAUUGACUUCACCUACUUCCUGCCGGCAAGACCUCGAUAAUACUUGGGUCAGGUUAGAACGUUUACGAGGUAAAAAAGGUUUGGAAGAAUAUUGGAAAGGAGUAGAACAGGAAUGUAAAAUGAAGCGGGAUAUAACGAACCAUAAAGCUGAAAUAGAGCGGGUUCAUCGAAAUAUUUCUGAGCUUAACGAGCAAUUACGAAUAAAGGAGUCUGAUUUGUCUGUGCUUAAUGAGCAAUUACAGAUAAAGGAGGUUGAUUUGUCUGAGCUUACAAGCAAGUGGUAUAAAUCUAAUAUCAACUCGAAUCAUAGCGAUAUGGGGGAUUUUGUUGAAGGUUUCGAAGAUGAUUUAGACGGAAAUUCGAACGGAAGGUCUGUGGAUGACGAUAAUAAUUCUUCAUCUGAUUUCGGCUCGAAUUGUAAUGAUGUGGGGAAUUUCGCCGAAGGUUUUGGAGACGAUUUAGGUGGAAAUUCGGAUAGAGGGUCUGUGGAUGAGAAUACGCCUAAUACUCCUUCAGGAGUAGUAGGAACACAGAACUCUCGGCGAAAAAUUAAUAGAAAAAGGAGAGACGCACCUCCCUUAAGCCGAGAAUUCAAUCUCCGUGCACGAAGAAAUGUUAAUUAUAAUGUUGGACCUUCAUCGAAAAGGCGUCAUAAAAACAAGCCCACUCCAUCGUCAUCUUCUCCACAACCUCCAUCGUCAUCAUCUUCUCCACAACCCCCAUCGUCGCCACAAUUACCUCCUCCGCAAUCACCAAUAUCAUUAUUACUAUCAUCACCGCAAAUUUCUCUACCUCCUUCACCGAUACCUCCACAUAGAGAUAGGAUUUGUAAUCGUAAAUGCUCGUUACAUUGUUUUACCGCAACUACACUAUAA